ACAGACAGACUCUCUCUGCCUCACUCUCCCUCUCCAGCAACAAACAAACAAACAAACAAACAAAGCCAGUCACCCUUCCUUGGCUUCCUUUGCUUCCCUUCCUCUUCUCUUUCUCUUCUCCUCCUGCUUGUUUGUUUGUUUGUUAGUUGUUGCUGCUGCUGCUGCUGCUGCUUCCUCUGCUGUGGUGGCCUGCAAGUCUCUUGUUGUUGUGGCCUAGGGUUAGACCACCACCGGUGCUGCCCUCCCUCCCUGGCCAUGACGAGAGCCAUGACGCUGCUCCUCCUCCUUUCUUUCUGUCUCUCGCUCUCUCUCCCUCCUCCUUUGGCUCACGCCCGCUGGGGUGCUGUCCACCGAGAGGUGGCCUCUGCGGCGGAUUCAUCAUCGUCCCCUGUCCACGAGCUCACUGCUGCCACUUUCAACUCUUCCAUCGCUUCUGCCCCCGCCCCUUGGGCUCUUGUCGAAUUCUAUGCUCACUGGUGCGGCGCCUGCAAGAAUUACAAGCCACAUUACGAGCGGGUUGCUCGUCUUUUCAAUGGUCCUAAUGCUGUACAUGCCGGCGAAAUAUAUCUAGCCAGAGUGGACUGCGCUAAUAAUGUUAAUCAAGAUCUGUGUACAAGAUUUAAGGUCGAAUAUUACCCAACACUAUUGUGGGCCUCGCCUCCCACCCUCGCGCGUGGUGAUCGCGUAUCCAAAGACAAAGUUGAGGGUCUUGAGGAGGUUAAGAAUGCUCAUUCGGCAGAGAGGUUGCUUGAGUGGAUCAACAAGCGUGUCUCCAAGACAUACUCCUUAAGUGAUGUAACUGCAGAAGGAGGAGCCGACAGAGCCCUCGUUCGCGAAGUCGUACAGAUAGUUGCAUCAAUUCAUGACACCGAAGAAGCUACUGCGGCAGCGUUCAAGAUAAUAUUGGAUGAAAAGCUUCUGAAUUUGGAUAAUAAAGGGGACUUGGCUCAAUUUCUGCAACUUCUUGUGCUUCACCAUCCCUCGAAAAGGUGUAGAAAAGGUAGUGCCGACCUGUUGGUGAAUUUCGAUGAUCUGUGGUCGGAAGGUGAUCCAUCGAUGGAGGUCCUAAGUAAGUAUCGCAUCUGCGGAAAGUCGUCACCGUCAAAUUAUUGGGUAUCUUGCCGGGGUGAUAAUCGAGGUUACAACUGUGGAUUAUGGCUGCUGUUUCAUUCCCUAAGUGUUCGAGUAUCGGAUUCUGAGAGUCCGGGUGCAUUUGUUGCACUGCGUGGGUUUGUUGACCAGUUCUUCAGGUGUCAAGUGUGUCGGGAACAUUUUUUGGAAAUGAGCUCCAGUGCGAUGGGUACAAUAAAAACACGACGGGACUUAGUGAUGUGGCUUUGGAAUGCACACAAUGAGGUAAACAAACGUUUAGCAAACGAAGAGUUGAAAUCUAGGAAGGAAGAUCUUCAAGCUCCAAGGACUGUUUGGCCAACAAAUCAUCUAUGUAGUGAUUGUAUCUUGGGGACCAAUCGCGAAGACCCGCUUUGGAACGAGGACGUAGUUUACAAGUUCUUGAAAAAUUGGUAUGGUCCCUCAUUGCAACGUUCAGAGAAGUUUGACAGUAAGGGGGAAGAUGAAGUCAGUAGCAGUGGCAAUUCAGCACUAAAAGGAGCAAUUGUAGGAAUAUUUAUUGCCAGUUCAGGUUUUGGGCUUGUUGCGUGGUGGUGGCGCAAGCAACAGAAAAAGCGCAAGUAUUAAAUCCUCCUCUUCGAUUUUCCCAUGCAGGCACAUGCGGAGACGGGUGUGAAGCUAUGAGGAUGCUCUAGGGUCUCUCCAGUGUUCUGUGUAAAUACGUAGUUUUGCUUUGAAUCCCUAGACAGGAUUUUCAAGAAAUUCUUGAAUUGGCAAUGUAGUCAGUGCUGACAGGAAUGCCUUUCCUGGAAGAAAUAAGCUGCUGGCCAAUGUCCGCAGCCUUCGAGCAUUGUCCUCGUUUUAAUGAAAACUGAUUUAAUUCUGAGAUAAGUUCCUCAA